CUGACGGAUGCUCCCACCGACGCACCCACAGAUGCUCCCGCUGCUGAGGCCACUGAGCUUCCCACCGACGAGCCGACGGAGGCUGCCACCGACGCUCCCACCGAUGAGCCGACGGAGGCCCCCGCCGUUGAGUCCACCGAGCUUCCCACCGACGAGCCGACGGAGUCUCCCAUCGACAAGCCGACUGAUGUCCCCACAAAUGAGCCGACGGACGCUCCCACCGAUGAGCCAACGAAGGCCCCUGUCGUUGAGUCCACCGAGCUUCUCACUGACGCACCCACCGAAGCCCCAACAGAUGCUCCAACGGAUGAAGCGACUGAUGCACCCGCCGUUGAGUCCACCGAGCUUCCCGCUGACGAGCCGACGGAGGCUCCCACCGAUGCUCCCACCGAUGAGCCGACAGAGGCCCCCGCCGUUGAGUCCACCGAGCUUCCCGCUGACGAGCCGACGGAGGCUCCCACCGAUGCUCCCACUAACGAGCCGACGGAGGCUCGCACCGAUGCUCCCACCGAUGCUCCCACCGACGAGCCGACUGAUGCCAACACCGAUGAGUCUACUGAGCUUCCCACCAACGCACCCACCGAAGCCCCCACAGAUGCGCCUACGGAUGAAACUGAUGCUCCCGCCGACGAGUCCACCGAGCUUCCCACGGACGAGCCGACAGAGGCUGCCAUCGAUGAGCCGACGCAGGCCCCCACCGAUGAGCUGACGGAUGCUCCCACCGACGCACCUACCGAGGCACCCACCGAGGCACCCACAGAUGCUCCCGCCGCUGAGGCCACCGAGCUUCCCACGGACAAGCCGACGGAGUCUCCCAUCGACAAGCCGACGGAGUUUCCCAUCGACAAGCCGACUGAUGCCCCCACAAAUGAGCCGACCGACGCUCCCACCGAUGAGCCGACUGACGCUCCCACCGUUGAGCCGACGGAGGCCCCCGCCGCUGAGGCCACCGAGCUUCCCACGGACGAGCCGACGGAGGCUGCCACCGAUAAGCCAACCGAUGAACCAACGGAGGCCCCUGCCGUUGAAUGCUCCAACGGAUGA